AUGGAUAAAUUUGUUAUCAAAAGCAAAAAAAGAAAUCACAAAGAAAUAGAAGAAAGUGAGGAUAAUCUUUCAAAUGCUCAAGCGCAAUCGAUCACAGCUGAACCAAAAUUUAAAUAUUUAUUUGGCGAAUUUUAUAAACUUGUUUCCAUCAAUGGUUCAAAAUUAACAGCAUUGUGCCAAAAUUGCCCGAAAGUUGUUAGUGGAUCCACAAGUUCUAGUGGAAACUUGUUGAGCCAUAUUAAACAUAAACAUAACUCAUUGAUGACAAGGGUUAAUAAUUCGAGGCAAAAUAAGGGAGAAAAAACUGCUCAAAUUAAAAUGUAUGAUGUGCAUACAAAAAAAGUAUCCAAGGAAAAGAUCAGUGAAUUAGUGUUUAAUUAUAUAGUAGAUGAAAUGCGGCCUUUGGUCACUUGUGAAAAAAAGAGUUUUCGAAAUUUACUAUUAGGAUUAACUGGAUUAAAUGAUUCAUCUAUUCUUCCUAACAGAAAGCACAUGUCAAAACAGUUAUCAGUAACAUAUAAAGCAUAUGUAGAUAUGUUAACAACUCAAAUUGAAACCCAUAAUUAUAUUUGCUUAACAGCAGAUAUUUGGAGCUCCAACAACAAGAGUUUUAUGGGGAUGACAUGUCAUUUCAUUGAAGAUACAUAUGAUAGAAAGUCAUAUGUUCUUGGCUGUCAACGAGUUAAAGGAGCUCAUAAUUAUUUAAAUAUUAUGGAAGUAUUAACAGAAAUUAUGGAUAAAUUCAAAAUAGAUGUAUCGAAAGUUACACACAUUGUAACAGAUAACGCUAGUAACUUUGGAAAAUCGUUCAAAGUAUUCUCUUCAUCGUCAUUACCUGAAAUACAGCAAACAAGUUUGCAAUGUACAGGAAAUUUUCAUGAAGAAGAUGAUUUAAGUAGCUGUAGCUCAGACAAUGAAAUGGACAGUGAAGAUUCAGACAUAGAAAUAGUCGAAAUGGAUUCAAUAUUUUCAAAUACAAAAAAUAUUGAGAAAGACAAUGACAAAAUGUGUUUACCACAAAAUAUGAGAUGUUGCGCUCAUACGCUAAGCUUAAUUGCAACAUGUGACGUUUCAAAAAUUACAGAUGCCAACUACGUUAAAGUUUCAAAAUCUACAUUUAAUAAAUUGUCUAGUUUUUGGAACCUUGUUAGCAGGAGCACAGUGGCUUCUGAUAAAGUUUUUGAAAAUUGUGGAUGUAAGUUUCCUGUUCCUGUUGUUACGAGAUGGAAUUCUUUAUUUGAUGCUGCACAAAAAAUCAUAAGUCACAAAGAUAAAUUAGUUUCAACAUUCGGUGAACUAAAUUUGACCAAGUUAAAAGCUAAUGAAUGGGUAUUCUUAGAAGAAUUUUGCAAAAUAAUGCAGCCAUUAGCCACGUCAUUGGAUAAAUUGCAAAGCGAAAAAAAAAGCUUUUUGGGUUUUGUUGCACCAACUAUUUUAGUAUUAAGACGUUUAUUAAUUCAAUCGUCAACAGAAGUAAAAUAUUGUAAACCACUAAGUAUUGCCAUUAUUUCUGGGUUGGAGAAAAGAUUUCAUUUUAUAUUUGAUUUAACUACUCCUAAGAGUAAAGACUUUAUUAUUGCUUCUAUUAGUAAUCCAAAAUUCAAAUUAAAUUGGGUUCCAGUUAGAUACAAAGAUAUGUGCAGUAAACUAUUUAUGGAUGAAUGUAAAAUAUUUGUAUUAAAUCAAUCAAACUAUAAUAUGUCAGUAAACAUUGAUGAUGGAGAAAGUGAUGAAAGUGACAAUGACUUCUAUUCCAGUUUCAACAAGUUUAAUCCAGCUACAUCUAGUAACAACAGUGACAUAUCAGACACAUUAGAUUCCAGUGAAUCAAGACAGUUGAACCUUAUAAAUUUACAAGUUUUAACUUAUUUUAAUUCCAAGAAGAAGGAAUUAGAUUUAUUAGAUGAUUUCCCUAAUAUUAAACAAAUUUUUUUGAAAUACAAUACUACGCUGCCAUCUUCUGCGCCUGUUGAAAGACUCUUCAGUGGAGCCGUCCAAGUAUUUACAGCCAGACGAAACCGCCUCAAUGAUCAUACUUUUGAGAUGUUGUUAUGUUGCCGUUCAAAUAAUCGAUAUUAA